GUACGAGGAGAGCCCGUGACGUGACGCACCCCGCCCUGAAUAUCCAAUACGGAGACAGGGAAAGCGAGAAGAUGGACGUGUACCUCCCCCAGGAGACAAGUUUCCCUCUGCUGGUUUAUAUUCAUGGAGGAUACUGGCAGUUCCUCAGUAAAGAGGAAUCGGGAUUCGUGGUCCCCCCGCUGGUGUCUCGCGGUAUUGCAGUGAUGGCGAUGGAUUACGAUCUCGCUCCUCGCGGUGACAUGGACCUCAUUGUGUCGCAGGUCAGACGCAGCGUCGCCGCCGCUCUGGAACGCUACCCUCAGAUUAGCGCGGUCUACCUGUGCGGACACUCUGCCGGGGCCCAAUUGGCAGCCAUGACGCUGAGCACAGACUGGUCACAGUAUGGGGGGGUGACCCCGGACAUUAGAGGGGCGCUGCUGGUCAGUGGAGUGUACGACCUUCUCCCGCUCACCUCCACCUAUGUCAAUGAUGCCUUACAGAUGUCCCAGGAGGCGGCGGUCAGGAACAGCCCCGGACAACUCACAAAACUGCUGAAAAACAACGCUGACAACUGUCACCUGAUCAUUGUGGUUGCCGAACACGAUUCCCCGGAAUUCCACAGGCAAUCACGUGAAUAUUUCCAGAGUCUGGAGGAUUUGGGAGUCUCCGUCUCGUACCGGCAGGUGGAGGACGCGGAUCACUUUGAUGUCAUAGAACGCUUAUCCCGGGAAGAUUAUGUCCUCACUCAGCUUCUUCUAGAGAUGAUCCUGAAACAGUGA